AUGCACAACAGUGCAGCACAAGGUGUUCUGAACCUUAGGUUCUGCAUGCAAAAACACUGUGGGACAGUGACCCUGCCAAUCAUACCAUUCUACCUACCCCAGCUUGAUCUCCAAAGUCUCCAAAACAGAGUGUACCACUGGCAGCACAUGGGAAACUGUGAGGAUCCAGGAAUCUCCAAGGAUGGAUUAAGAACUCCGGUAGUGACCAUGCUAGUUGGAGAGGACAGCUGGGUGACACAUGUAGACAACAAUAUCAGGGAUGAGUUUGAUGUGACCAGGUGCAUGUUCUCUGCUGGCAACAUCACAGAGAAGCUCAGGGUUGCCUCAUUCAACUGCAGUGGGGAGACUGUGGUGGAUUUAUAUGCAGGUAUUGGCUACUUAACUAUCCCAUUCUUGGUGCAUGCGGGGGCCAGCCAUGUUCAUGCUUGUGAGUGGAACCCAGAUGCCGUGGAAGCCCUGCAAAGAAACUUGGAGUUAAAUGGAGUGUGGCAUCACUGCACCGAACACAAAGACAACCGGCAACUCCCAUUGUGUAACCUGGCUGACCGGGUGAAUUUGGCCAGCUCUGCGGGUGGUUGGCCUGUUGCCUGUCGACUACUGAGGAAAAGGACCGGUGGCAUGUUGCAAAUUCACCAGAAUGUUACCGCACCACUUCAUAUUACAGACUGUGACACUUCCUCUGUUCCUGUCAUGGAGAGAGUGGACAUUUCUGGAGGAGACCAAGAAGAGGUGUCUCCUAAGGGGAGUGACAGAGAAGUUUGGGGUGCCUGGACAAAGGACACAGCCAUCCACAUUGCCUCUCUACUGCAGGACAUCACUUGGACUGGCGUCCAGCACAUUGAGCAUGUCAAGUCAUACGCACCUCACAUUCACCAUGUAGUACUAUUCUUAGAAUGCAGGCCACUCUGAGGAGACAAAAGACAGGACUGUAGCAUGACUCUUAUUUGUGUAGUCAUACCAGUGGCGGACUGGGACCAAAAAUCGCCCCUUUCUAACACACCGGCCCAUUUUUUUCACCUUGAGGCCCCCAUUUUUAGCAAGAUAAUGAGAAUUUUGCACUAAAAACCCAAAUUAGACAGGCCCACUAGGCUAAAAAUGGACCAGUCCAUCUGGCGUACUCUGCCAUUUGCGGCUAUUAAUAAAUUGUUGCACACUCAUUUAAAUUAAUCAGAAUGGAGUUUUUUUUAAAGAAAAACAUGGUUUAUAGGUUUAUACAAUGUGAAAAUUAAACUGUUGUUUACCGGUUGUUGUACAACUGAUUUUACAAAUGUUUAUACAUGCAAUGACUCUGGCUGCUUUGUGUGAUGUACACUGCUCAAAAAAAUAAAGGGAACACUUAAACAACACAAUGUAACUCCAAGUCAA